AUGCUGUUCCACUCCACGUUCCUCUCUCUCGCCUCGGUCGCUCUGCUUUCGGCCUCGACCGUCUCUGCCGAAUCGGCGGCGAACGUUGAAGCCUCCUCGGGCGGUCUCGAACGUCGUUCGGCUAUGACCAAAGUUGUCACCACCUGCAAGAACGUGAGUGUCUCAGCUUCAUCUUUCAACGUCUCUUGUGCGAUCCAGGCCGUCUCUCGCGAGAAUCUUGACUGAUCGACGUGUGUGAUGCUCAACCUUAAUUCCUUAAUUCCCAAUUCCUAAUGCCGAUCAAUCAACGGAAUAUCCUCUCCGGCGUCGACUCGCUCUUCCCGCACCAAUUUCAAUGCGGUCUACGACAGCGAGGUGAAUUUGCCAUGACCUUCGAUGAUGGACCUGUAAGUGUGGACUGUCACACAUCGCAUUCUGGGAGAUCUUCGACCCGCGUGAACUUCAUGCCGAGGUAGUCAGAAAAGAGCCGAGCCUAACAUACCCCGAAUGUCAAUUCGACACCAGUAUGGCUGGGGAUCCGGCAUCGCGAAACUGUUCACCAAGUACAACUCGCAUGCGACCUUUUUCGUCAAUGGGUAAGUGCGCGGUCGCUCCAUAGAGGGUGUGGCUUUCGUCGGGUCACGUGCUUAAUUCCCAGCACCUCCGUCGGCGAACAGUAACAAUUACGACUGCAUCUACGACGAAGCUGACGACCUGAUCAAGCGUUACAAAGCCGGUCACACCAUUGCGGUUAGUAAUGCGGAAUCCGCUACCUCGAAAGAGAAUCCUGUUCACCGGGCUGACUUUGAUCUCUCGUUUCCGAACCCCUCUCCAUGCAGUCCCACACCUGGGGCCACACCGACGUCACGAAACUGACCGACGCCCAGCUCAACAAGCAGUUGGAUCUGGUGAGUUGCUGCUUCUCUCGAAGAGGUACCGUGAUCGCUGGCAUCUGACAUUCGUACGUCACCACAAGGUCGAAACCGCGCUCAAGAAGAUCCUCGGCAUCAAGCCCAAACUGUUCCGUCCCCCCUAUGGAGCGAUCAACGAGCGCGCGGCCAAGCUCAUCGAGUCGCGAGGCUACACGAUCGUCACCUGGGACUUUGACUCGAACGACAGCGAUGGACACACGACCGGACCUCAAUCCGUCAAGCUGUACAACAAGCUCGCCAACUCGUACCCCAAGCCUCACAUUGCGCUCAACCACGAGGUCUACAAGAGCACCGGAGAGACCGUCGUUCCUCAGGUUGUGCCGAUGCUCCUCAAGAAGGGUUACAAGGUCGGUUCCGUUGAUUCACUUGCGAUUGAAUGACAUGCUCUACGUUCAAUCUAACGUCACCUUGUGAUCGAACAGCUCGUUACGGUCGACGCUUGCUUGGGCAUCAACCCUUACCAGGCGGUCGGCAAGGCCAGCAAGAGGGACAAGACCUGGACAUGCCGAGGCACGCCCGGACCAGGCAAGGCCCAAUAG